GUUCAGUCUACACUUGUUUACGGAUUGACUGCGACCCGACUUCACUUCUGUUCAUCACACAGCUCGACCUCCACCAGUGCCAACGAGGGCUGUUUCGAUCCUCUUCCCGGUCUGGGAUUGUCGAGUGCAUCGUCAUAUCUUGUCGUCCGCUCCUGCCAAUCCAAAGCGUCGACAUUGUCUGCAUCGAGGGGACAGACAACAUGCUCGGUCUCCUCGACCAUACAGGCUGUGAGACUAUUCCAGGAGACUGAGUGCGUGAGCAGCGCAUGUACCUUGAAUUGAGGCUCAUCGACGAUCGAAAUUUCGCCAUCUUCCACCCUCUGAACACUUUUCGCUGUCCGUUCAUUGAGGGGCCUACACUCCAACACUUAUGAGCCGCUUAUCCGACUUCUGCAAUUACACUUAUUAUUGAAGGUCUGUCUCGGGAUUACACGACCGCUAUGGCGCCCAUACCUUCUUCGUCGCAACAUCAGAGUGGUCGCUCAAUACCUCGAAAUAUUCAGACGACUCUAGUACCAAAUAGUGAGCGGUCAACAAACGCAGACCUGAACCGGCCUUUGCCACCACCCCCUGCAUCUGCUUCCGCCGAAAGCUACGAAAUUCCGAGCCUACGUCGAAAGCCUGUGCCUGGCCAGUUGGAGCCCGACUCGUCCAAACACAACCACAACCGCUCCUUCAGUCAUCCCUUUCCUUCAUUAUUCGGUUCUAAGAGAUCUGACAAGAGGCACAAUACACGUGGGGACGUUGAUAUCACGCCCGGUGGAAGCAGGGACAUCCGGCAUGAUGAAGCCAAGGCAAAACUAUCCGGCGCUGAAGGCUCUGCGCCGCGAGGCGACCGUCAACCGGUGACUGGAAAGUGCAUGACUUGCGAUUCCACGGUACGGUGGCCGCAGGGUUUGAAGGUUUUCCGGUGUACGACCUGCUUGACAAUAAAUGACCUUGAAUUCUAUCCCGAAAAUGGGGCAGAUGGAUCCAAUGGACCAUCGCCUCCGCGAAAGAUCGUGCCAUUGUCGCUUGAAACGACGAGAUCACUUCUGGACCGCUGUCUAAAUCAAUAUCUUGAAUCUCAUCUCGAGCAGAACGCUACAACGUCACACGGCAUUGGUAUUAACAGUCAAUCACAGGCAGAAGAGUCUUUCUUGUUCGAAGGCACUCCUCCGGAAGGUGCCCUAUAUGGACAGCUUCAAGACGAACCCGACUCUCCACCGCCUUCUCCACGUCCAACUCUACAGCUCAGGAGUCCUUCGGAGCCUACCCUGACCACGCUCAGACCGAGCCGUAAUGGGGCAGUUCCGUUUGUCCAAGGUCAUUCAGUAGAUCCUUUCUCGACGUCUGCUCCGAAGCAUCACCGAGCCCAGGAGACUAGGGGCCGCGAGCCUGCUUCCACAGGCUCGCAAGCCCCUGGUCCUCGGACUGACAUUUUCCGCAUUGUCGAGAACUACAUGGCUGCUUGCUUUGUCGGUUGUGCAACCCUCAACAACGCUUUUUUCACCCCAAGGGGUCCACAUGAGUCGAAGGGCAGGACCGGCUCAAGCACACAGCCGAGACGUCAAUUGUCUGAACCCAUGCCCUCUCCUCUCUCUGAACCGGAUGUGUUUCUGUCCGAAAUGGAUGCCAAAACUUUACUGCUCGGCGAUGUAGCUGAGAACGGUUCAUGGUGGCUAGGAGCACCGAGUGGACGGACGCCCAUAGCGGGCAAGGAUGCGUCUCAUCACCGUGAUAGAUCACCAGACAAGUCGCGUGGUGCUGUUUCCUCACGGAAUCCCCGAAUAAACUGGCUCGAGCUUGCUGAGUGGUAUCGCUCCAUCAUUUAUGCUGGUGAAGGCUGGGAGCAGAAAUGGCAUGAAUUGAAGUCCCAGACGGAUUUCAAAAUACAGCAACAUUCCCAAUCAAUACCGCUUGAGCACCUUCAGCGGGACAUCAUCGAGUCUCGAAUUCAUCUUCAACGAAGUCUGCUUAAAGUAACAGAAAAUCUCCUGAAAAGACCCAGGCAGCCUCUAAAGCAUCCCGAGGACUGCCGAUUCCUACUUAUACUGUUGUCAAAUCCAUUACUUACUCCGCAAAGACUUGAAGCCGGAAAAAUGUUCGGGACCACCUUGCCACAUCCACCAACCGUGGCCCAUCCGGUCGAAGAAAGAGCUAGAGGCUCGCCGUCGAAACGAAUACCGAGCUCCGGCAGACGACCUGGAAGUUUGGGUCAUCACUCGGGCGUUAUCAAGCGGAUCUUGGGUCUCCUAGCCAACCUUUCAAAUGAGAACCACCAAUACCUUGUCUCAUGGUUUGCGAGAUAUUCAGACGGGCAUUUUCAGCGCACCGUAGAGAUGAUUGGUAGUUUUGUCACAUACCGUUUAUCACGACAGCAGAAACGUCCUGUACACGAACCGGUCAACCCGACCGAAGGUCUUGUCCCUAGCUUCUCAGCCGGUGGUUUGCAUCACGCGUCGCAGAUUCAUGCUGCUCUUGAAGGAAGACCCUCGUCCACUUCAGCUGGAAACUCUGCUGGGAAACCCAAGUUGUCCUCAUACGGCGAAGACUGGCAGAUUCGUGCGGCAGCAAGAGUCAUGGCCCUACUAUUCCAAGCGAAUAUCGGGCACGCUGCACGGAAAAGAGACGCGACUGUCACCCACGACCAAAGACACCAGAGUCCUGGUCAAAAUGCCAAACAUCAAGCAAAUUGCCAUGGUCAGAUCAUACCAAUCAGCAGUUUUUACAAUACAAUGUUGGACUAUGCUGACUUGGUUGUUGAUUUUGAGACUUGGGAAACCACCAAAUCCAAGUUCACCUUCUGCCAGUAUCCUUUCUUUCUUAGUAUAUACGCCAAAAUUCACAUUCUCGAACACGACGCUCGCCGCCAGAUGGAAGUCAAAGCCAGAGAAGCUUUCUUCGACAGCAUCCUCAGCAGAAAGGCAGUCAGCCAGUAUUUGGUCUUGAAAGUCCGUCGCGAUUGUCUAGUCGAAGAUAGCCUGCGCAACGUUUCGGAAGUGGUGGGCUCGGGUGGAAGCGACAUCAAAAAGGGGCUACGCAUCGAUUUCCAAGGAGAAGAAGGUGUCGAUGCCGGUGGUCUCCGCAAAGAAUGGUUUCUUCUCUUGGUUCGGGAAAUAUUCGACCCGAACCACGGCUUAUUUGUCUACGAUGAUGACUCCCAGUACUGCUAUUUCAAUCCUUUCUGCUUCGAAUCUUCGGAGCAAUUCUUCCUGGUUGGAGUUCUCCUGGGGCUGGCUAUCUACAACUCGACCAUUUUGGAUGUUGCGUUCCCUCCAUUCGUCUUCAAAAAGAUGCUCGCAUCGGCUCCUUCGACAGGCGACAAGCUCACGUCGACUCCAAGAGUCGGUCACGGCUUCACAUUGGAUGACCUUGCAGAGUUUCGUCCAGCACUAGCUCGAGGCUUCCGGCAGCUCUUGGAGUUUGAAGGUGACGUGGAAGAGACGUUUUGUCGCGAUUUCGUUGCAGAAAUGGAUCGUUAUGGCGAGAUCAUUCAGGUGCCUCUGUGCCCUGGUGGGGAGAAAAGGCCAGUGACCAAUUCCAACCGAAGAGAAUUCGUCGACCUAUACAUCCACUACCUUCUUGAUACCGCGGUCACUCGACAGUAUGAGCCUUUCAAACGUGGGUUCUUUACUGUUUGUGGAGGAAAUGCACUAUCGCUUUUCCGACCUGAAGAGAUUGAACUGCUUGUAAGGGGCUCUGACGAACCUCUCGACAUUGCGAGCCUUCGCGCUGUGUCGACAUACGAGGGGUGGCCGAAGAAUGAGGGUCCGCCGGAGAAGCAGCCUCAAGUUGUUUGGUUUUGGGAUUUCUUUUCCAGAGCAGCUCCUGCAGAUCAAAGGAAGAUUCUUACCUUUAUCACCGGAAGUGACCGAAUUCCUGCCAUGGGAGCGACGAACUUGGUGAUUCGUAUCCAAUUGCUUCGCAACAAGGAUGACUUUGAUGGAUUAGGUCGACCGGUCAACAAGCAGGUCGAACGUUUUCCUAUUGCGAGGACAUGUUUCAACACACUGAGCUUGUACAGAUAUAGCAAUCGCCAGAAAUUGGAACAAAAGCUUUGGACUGCGGUGACAGAAAGCGAGGGGUUUGGACUGAAAUGAUAAGAGUUCAUGCCGUUGGCAGGCAUUUUUGACAAAAAGAGCCUUUGGCAUCAACGUGUAUCGCCUUGGUGCACAACCAGUUGCUUUGCUAGUGAGGCCAGAAUUGCUACUUCAACCGGCCUGAUACUACAACGAAAUGAUACGAUAUAGUUGGUUGGCGACGAAAUCUGUUGCACUGCGAGGGAAUGAGCAACGAAAGAGCAAACACAUUCACAUGAGGCAUGAAACAGCAUCACAUUGACAUUAGCAUUUGCAUAUGCAGGGUUGUGAUGAAAGCAAGGCGUUUUGGGGUGCCGGGAGUCAGGAACAUCAUAUGCCAGGAUAAGGACACCCACCCUGAAAGAGGUUGAGAGUGACGGACAAGCGUAGGGUGGAGUCUGUAACAAGCAUCAAUAUUGACCCAGUCUUCCAUGCAUGGGUUCUUCUCUUCGUCAGGUAUAAAUUCUCAGGUUUGACACAGCAUCGACAGAAAGAAGAACGCUGCAUGUUGGUGCAUUUCCGAGCUCGAAAGUCGCUGUCACGCGGGCGGGAAAAGAUUUUAGCGAGGGCAGCAGCACGACGCUUUCUUCAUGCUUGCAUCUGGGCAAGACUCACCGUAUAUUGAUAGUUCCUUUCUGAGGCCUGCAAAGGCUUACAUGAAACAUGUUGUGGCGUUUCCAUGCAUGGAGCAAAGUGGGUUUUUUGCUCCUUUUUGAGGUUUGACGGAGCUGGAGCUUGGUGGUCGAUGAUGUGAAGCAAGUCGACGUCAUUUCGGACGCACCCUCGAGACGACAUGGGAAAAUUCGGCAGAGACCCUUGAGCAUGCAGGCAUGGUACUCGUAGUUCUGACAGCAGGUCAGGUGGAUUCGAAGUACCAAAAGCCUCUGCUCCGUACGAGACUGUAGUAGAUUGCAUAUGGUGAUGAUCGGACGAGAACGAAUGAUAAUACCUGGCCGAGCAUCGUGCGAGUAUCCCAGUCGAGGCUAGACUCACCGACAUUUUGAUAACAGGACAAGCUGUGCAGCAAAGGAGACAGACUUGCAUUGAACAGUGACUCUAGCGAAACACGCUCGGUGUGGCGGAAGCCU